AUGGUUCAACUCCAUCAUUCCUCCAUGCCAUCAAGCCUUAUCGUUUCUUUGGCUUUCUUCCUUACAUUUCUUUCUCAGCUUCUUAUUCUCACCGCCCAGCCGCCUGACUUCCUAACACAUGAUUGUUACCCAGAAAGAGGUAACUACACAAAUUCAAGUGCCUAUGACACCAACCUCAAGACCCUCCUUUCUGGUUUCACUUCCGACGACACAAACAUUGAAUAUGGCUUCAAUCAAUUCGUCUUAUGGCCAAAACCCAGACGUAGUUCACGCAUUUGGAUUCUGCAGAGGCGAUGUUAAGCCAGAUUCUUGCCGUAGUUGCCUCCUCAACGCCGCAAUCCUUCUCCCACAACUAUGUCCAAAUCAGAAGGAAGAAGUUGGAUACUAUGACAAUUGCACGUUUCGAUACUCACACCGUUCAUUAUUUGGAAUAUACAACGUCUCUGAUAGAAUAUUCUUUGCGUGGAGUCAACAAAGUUCAACGACACUUAACGAUAUAUAUGUUCAGGUACAAUUGGAUAAAGUAGAGGACCAAGCACCAAUUGGGGAUUCUCAUCGUAAGUUUGCAGCAGCAAAUGAUAGUACAAGCGAAUCUGGGGAAGUGUAUGCCUUUGCUCAGUGCAGCCCAGAUCUGUCUGAGGAUUAUUGCAGGUCCUGCUUACAGAAUGUUUCCAGUAGAAUCCAAAUAUGCUGUGACGGAAGGAAUGGUGGUAGGGUUUUCAAUCCCAGCUGCUAUAUUAGAUAUGAGAGCUACCUCUUCUAUGAUUACACGGCUGUUUCAACACAGCCACCUCCUCCGCCAUCCACCGCUGUAACGCUGCCCCAAGGAGGAAGUGAUAGCACUGGAUCACAAACUGCGGUCAAGAUCACUGUCCCCAUCAUCGUUGCAGUGAUAUUUUGUUGUUUGGUGGGUUGCUAUUUGCUGAGGAGAAAAACAAGGAAGAGAAGCCAAUCUAUUCUUACAGACAGCUUUGGAGAAGAAGGUUCAAAUCUGAGGUCCUUGCAAUUUAGCUUGGUUACAAUUGAAGCUGCAACAAAUAAGUUUUCUGAAGAGAACAAAAUAGGAAAAGGAGGAUUUGGAGAAGUUUACAAGGGUGUUCUUCCUGAUGGACGAGAAAUUGCUGUAAAAAGACUUUCUAAAAGUUCUGGACAAGGAACAUUAGAAUUCAAGAAUGAAAUAUUAUUGAUAGCCAAACUUCAACAUAGAAAUUUAGUGACCUUAUUGGGAUUUUGUUUGGAAGAGCAAGAGAAAAUUCUUAUCUAUGAAUAUGUGCCAAACAAGAGCAUUGAUUUCUUUUUAUUUGAUCCUGAAAAGCAACGAGUACUCGAUUGGUUUGAGCGUUUCAAAAUCAUAAGAGGCAUUGCACAAGGACUUUGUUACAUGCAUCAACAUUCUCGGCUCAAAGUUAUUCAUCGGGAUCUCAAACUUUGCAAUAUCUUAUUAGAUGACAAGAUGAAUCCAAAAAUAUCAGAUUUUGGUAUGGCCAGAAUGAUUGCUAUAGAUGAAGACCAGGGAAGUACAAAAAGAAUUGUUGGAACAUAUGGCUAUAUGGCUCCUGAAUAUUUAAUAUAUGGACACUUUUCAGAAAAAUCUGAUGUUUUUAGCUUUGGAGUCAUAAUUUUAGAAUUACUUAGCGGCAAGAAGAAUGCCAAAUCUUAUGAAUCAUUCCUUUUAGCUGAUGUUUGGAAGCAUUGGAAGGAGGGAACACCAUUACAAAUAUUGGACCCUUGUCUGAUGGAAUCUUCUUGUCAAAUAGAAGCAAUGAGAUGCGUUCAGAUUGGGCUAGUAUGUGUUCAAAAGAAUCCAGAUGAGAGGCCAACGAUGGCUGAAGUUGUUUCAUAUCUUAGUAAUCUUUCCAUUGAAUUGCCAUCUCCAACAGAGCCACCAUUCUUAAUUCAUUUAAAUCCAACUAUGUCAACAGAAUGUAGUUCCGAUCAAACAACUCAGAGCUCCAAGACAGUGGUUUCAAAUGAAAUAUCCAUCACAGAGAUCUUGCCUCGGUGAAACUAUACUCUUCAUUUCUAUUAUUCAUGCACGUUCAUGUAACUGAUAUAUGGAAUGAGAAGUCUUUUGUUCUGCUUCUGUCUUCCUUCAUCAAUUUUAAGCAGCUAAUUAAUGCUAGCUCUUGACUUUUCCUACUGUUA